GAGCCAAACCUUAGCACCGCACACCACUGUACCGUUGGUGAAACAUAUAUUCUAUCUAUAGUGAUGGAAAAUUCUAAGCAUCAAAAUGCAGACAGUAAGCACUCCGCCUCACAAUCAGGAAAUAUACCUGAAAGACAACUUAGUUUUUUAAGGAGGCCAUUUCAAGAUGCGUCUUCAUCGAGAGAAAAGCAGCAAAAUUUGCUUUGUGAUGGAUUACAGUUAAUUUUAAAAAUCGCACUGCACCGCCUGUUCACUUUCCCUUUAAACUUUGAAAUCGAUCCUGAACCACUGGCAGAAGCUGGACUUUUUUAUGAUCGAGAUAAAGAAGCAAUCAAGUGCAACUUUUGCAAGUUUGAAACCAAAGAUACGACGUGUUUGAGAGGAAACAUUGAAAGUGUUUUGAAUUACAAAUAUGAAUCUCACCGACUGUAUUCGACGCUAAAAAAGAAGGAUUGGAGAUUUGUGACGCCCGUCGAUUUGGCAAAAUCGGGAUUUUACUACAGCGGCCAAGAGGACAAUUGCUGCUGCAUUUUUUGCAAUUUGGAGGUGCGCGGAUGGGAAAUGGGAGACACACCCGACGGCGAGCACAAACGGUGGAAUAAAAACUGCCCCUUUUUGAUAAAUCCAGGUGGCGUCGUCAACAUAAAAAUUGGCGAGGAAUUAAUUGAACAAAAUUGCGACUCAAUUGGAACAAACCCAUUCAACGUUGAGCCGCUUGAAAAAUAUGGAAGCAACAUCGCGAUAAAAUUGGACAGCCAUUUUAUCACGGCCUCUGAUUUGAAUAUCCACAACUGCACUUCACCGAAGCACCCUGGAAAAAUUUUAAUUUCGGAACGUCUAAAAACUUUCAAGAAUUGGCCCAAAGGACUUUCCCAAACGCCGGAAGUUCUCGCAAAUUCAGGAUUUUAUUACACCAAUACUGGAGACCGAGUUGUUUGUUUCCACUGCAACCUUGGCCUGAAGGACUGGGCGCACGGCGACGACCCUUUCAGGGAACACGCCAAGUGGAACUCGGGGUGCCAACACCUCAUCAUGCAAAAGGGAUCAGAUUUUAUCAGACAAAUUCUGCAUGGAAACACAUACCAAGAAAAUGAGCAAAUGAUGGAGACGACCACUUCUUCCUCCAAUAAUCUUCUUUGUUCAAAUUGUAAUAUUCAUCGCGUUGCUAAAGUUAAUUUGCCCUGCGGACACGUCAACCUUUGUAAUCAAUGUAAUACUGACAGAUGUGCUAAUUCAUCUUGUAGUCAAAAAAUUUUGGCUGAAAUUUCCAUAUUUCUUUGAGCUUUACUCUUAUUUUUUUAAUAAUAAAACUAAUAUA